GAUUUGCAGCAGAUUCAUCCAUGAUGGCGGAGGACAGCGAGUCCGCGGCCAGCCAGCAGAGCCUGGAGCUGGACGACCAGGACACCUGCGGCAUCGACGGAGACAACGAGGAGGAAAAUGAACACAUGCAGGGGAGUCCUGGGGGAGAUCUUGGUGCGAAGAAGAAAAAGAAGAAACAGAAGAGAAAGAAGGAGAAACCAAGUUCAGGUGGAACCAAGUCUGAUUCUGCCUCUGACUCUCAGGAGAUAAAGAACCCUGCCAUUCCCAUGCAGAAACUGCAGGACAUUCAGAGAGCUAUGGAGCUCCUGUCUACCUGUCAAGGUCCAGCCAAAAACAUAGAUGAGGCCACAAAGCACAAGUACCAGUUCUGGGACACUCAACCCGUACCCAAACUGGAUGAGGUGGUGACAACUCACGGGCCAAUUGAGCCAGAAAAAGAAAAUAUCAGACAAGAGCCAUAUUCCCUCCCACAGGGCUUUAUGUGGGAUACACUGGACCUCAGCAAUGCAGAAGUUCUGAAGGAGUUAUACACUUUGCUGAAUGAAAACUAUGUUGAGGAUGAUGACAACAUGUUUAGAUUUGAUUAUUCUCCUAACUUUCUGAAAUGGGCGUUACGUCCCCCGGGUUGGCUGCCCCAGUGGCACAGUGGUGUGAGGGUUUCAUCCAAUAAGAAGCUGGUUGGGUUCAUCAGUGCCAUUCCUGCAGACAUGCACAUCUAUGACACGUUGAAGAAGAUGGUGGAGAUAAACUUCUUGUGUGUGCAUAAAAAAUUGCGCUCAAAGCGUGUUGCUCCUGUACUAAUCCGCGAGAUCACAAGGCGGGUCAAUUUAGAGGGAAUUUUCCAGGCUGUGUACACUGCUGGUGUGGUCCUGCCCAAACCUGUGUCCACAUGCAGAUACUGGCAUCGCUCUCUAAACCCCAGGAAGCUUGUGGAGGUGAAGUUUUCCCACCUUAGCAGAAACAUGACGCUACAACGAACAAUGAAACUCUACAGAUUACCUGAUAGUACACGUACCCCUGGUUUGAGGCCGAUGGGAGAGAGGGAUGUGAAGCAGGUUACAGCACUGCUGCAGAAACACCUGAGCCAGUUUCAUCUGCAUCCUGUCAUGGGGGAAGAGGAGGUCAAGCACUGGUUCCUACCACAAGAGAACAUCAUCGACACAUUUGUAGUGGAGGGUUCUGGUGGUGUACUAACGGACUUCAUCAGUUUUUACACCCUGCCGUCCACAGUGAUGCAUCACCCGCUGCACAAAAGCCUGAAGGCCGCUUAUUCCUUUUACAAUGUCCAUACAGAGACACAGCUCAUAGACCUGAUGAACGAUGCUCUCAUCCUAGCCAAACUGAAAGGUUUUGAUGUGUUUAAUGCGCUAGAUCUAAUGGACAAUAAGACUUUCUUGGAAAAGCUCAAGUUUGGGAUUGGAGAUGGUAACCUGCAGUAUUACCUGUACAACUGGAAAUGUCCUCCCAUGGACCCAGAGAAGGUUGGCCUUGUUUUACAGUAACCGGCUGCUUCAUGUUGGAUGCAGACUGAUUCAAAGGUCCAUCGACAAUUCUCUGACAUGGACAUAGUCUACAUAAAGAGGACAAACUGACAUCCAUUCAAAGUGAAUGAGUUAUGUUGUGCAGCU